AUCUUUGUUAUCCCUUGAUACGUCUCUUAACCUAUCAAACCUAAAAAACCGUCUUUUAAAUGGCAAAUCUGUGCCGCUUGCCAUCGGCAAGAAACUUAAUUACUCAAAUAUUAAAAAAUCAGUCGAGAAACAUAAUGACAACACCAGCGAGAGCUAAAAAAUUGCUGGAGUCCUUGAAGGACAACCCGUACUUCGACAAGUAUGCCCCAGCCAUCACUCGACUCCAGCAAACAAAUCCUGAGGAAUUUAUUUCGAGAAUCGAAGAGCAACAGCGCAAAGAGACCGAAAAGAGGGAGAAGGCGAAGAGUUUUAAAAACGAUGCAACAGCUAAACCAGAAUUGCAUCAAAAUAUGCAGAACCGACAGGCACGUCUGUCUGAUGUCAUGAAGACUGAAUUACUCCAGGACAAAGGCAAGGAUGAAAUAACAGAUAUUUGGUUGAGUUAUCACAAAGAACGUGAUUGCAUCUCUGGUGUUAUGACUCCAGAGAUAUUCAAUGCUAUGUACGAAAGGGCAAUGAAGUAUCCAACAUUUAUUCUUCCACUGCCAAGGGAAAAUGGAUACGAAUUCAUUCUCACUCAGUUCUGUGGUACAGAGAUUCACAUGACACCUGUACUGUGGUAUCAAACGCAUCAGGAAAAUGCACCCGAGUGCAUGACAAUAGUCCAUUACCUCGAGUUCAAAGACUCGAAGAAUCUUGUCCUCAUGAGGGGACAAUUUGAUACUAAAUCGAUCAAUGUCCAGGAGGCCCAGUGUCUCGCUAAUCAAUUGCAAUUGUAUUACUCAGGACAGGAUGACGAGAGAUUUCAUCUUCUGAAGACUUUCAAUGAGAAACCAAAUGAGUUCAAACACAUGGAUCUCAUCUCCCAGAUGGAGAGUGUCUCUCUAUUCACUGAGAUUAAGUCAGGAAAUAAGAAAUAGAUAUGUAAAUUGAGGAAAAAUAUAUGUCCAUGUUAAUAAAUGUGUAGAAAAUUUGAAAGAA